CCCAGGCCUGAUGUGAUGAUGCAGUCCGGGCGACUAGUGGUCACAACUGGGAGGAAAAGAAGGGGUGCGCUUGUGUGAGGGCAGGGGGAGCAUCGGCGACGACGGGCAUCGAUCUGGGGGCUCCCUGUCCCCCCCGACUGGGUUUUGUUUCCCUCCUUUUUUGGAAGACGCGUUCUGCGGGCUCCGGCGUCACCCGGCCCCAGUAGAUUCGGAGCCGGAAAUGCACAGUCAUGGAGGCUACGAUUCUGACUUCAGUGAUGAUGAGCAAAGUGGAGAAUCUAGCAAAAAGAAAAAGAGAACUGUUGAAGAUGAUUUACUGCUCAAAAAGCCAUUUCAGAAAGAAAAGCAUGGAAAAGUGGCCCAUAAACAAGUUGCAGCAGAACUACUGGAUAAAGAAGAAGCAAGAAAUAGAAGAUUUCAUCUCAUAUCUAUGGAUGCUUUUCAAAGACAUACAAAAUUUGUAAAUGACUAUAUUUUAUACUAUGGUGGCAAAAAAGAAGACUUCAGGAGAUUAGGGGAAAAUGAUAAGACUGACAUGGACAUUAUACGAGAAAAUCAUAGAUUUCUAUGGAAUGAGGAGGAUGAAAUGGACAUGAAUUGGGAGAAGAAACUUGCCAAGAAAUACUAUGAUAAAUUAUUCAAAGAAUAUUGCAUAGCAGAUCUCAGUAGAUACAAAGAAAAUAAGUUUGGAUUUAGAUGGCGAAUAGAAAAAGAAGUAAUUUCAGGAAAAGGCCAGUUUUUCUGUGGAAAUAAAAUUUGUGAUAAAAAAGAAGGCUUGAAGAGUUGGGAAGUUAAUUUUGGUUAUAUUGAGCAUGGUGAAAAGAGAAAUGCACUUGUUAAAUUAAGGUUAUGCCAAGAAUGUUCCCCUAAAUUAAAUUUUCAUCACAGGAGAAAAGAAGUGAAGUCAAAGAAAAGAAAAGAUAAAACCAAAAAACACGAUGAAGAGUCAGCACAUAAAAAGUCCAGAUUAUCUUCUACAGAAGAACUUUUCAAGAACAAGGAUAAAGGAAGCUCAGAUGAGGAAGAAAAUACUUCAGAAUCUGAACUUUGGAAAGGCCCACUACCAGAGACAGAUGAAAAAUCACAGGAAGAAGAAUUUGAUGACUAUUUUCAAGAUUUAUUUCUGUGAGAAGAAAAAAGAAAUUACAUUCCUUGAUGUGAAAAUUAACUUUGCAGUACUUCACAAAUUUUCAUCUACUGGUUGCAAUUUUAGUGGUUUACUUUUGGAAAUAAAAACCUAGUUACUCUCAA